AUGGCCCUGGACGGCGAGCGGGGGGAACAAGAGGAGGAGAAGAAAAAGAAGAAGAAGAAAAAGAAGAGGAAGAAGAAGAAGGAGGAGGAGGCGGGGGCUAAGAAGAGCAGCUCACCCUUCGCGGCCACGAUGGGGGAGAACGACGCCGCGCUGCGGGCCGGCGGCAGGGGCCUCUCGGACCCGUGGGCGGACUCCAUGGGGGUGCGACCCCGCACCACAGAGCGCCACAUCGCUGUGCACAGGCGGCUAGUGCUGGCCUUCGCCGUGUCCAUCGUGGCGCUGCUCGCGGUCACCAUGCUCGCGGUGCUGCUCAGCUUGCGCUUCGACGAGUGUGGGGCGAGCUUACCGCCCGGCGCCGACGGCGGCCCCGCCGGCUUCCCGGCGCGCGGCGGCAACGAAAGCCUUCCGGGUUCGGCCCGGCGCAACCACCAUGCUGGCGGCGACUCCUCGCAGCCCGGGGCAGGCGGGGAGGCCAACCCUGAGACCCCGUCCGCCCGGCCGCCGUCGGAGGAGGCGCGGGAGCCGUGGCAGCCGUGGACUCAGCUGCGCCUGUCGGGCCACCUCAAGCCGCUGCACUACAAUCUGAUGCUCACCGCCUUCAUGGAGAACUUCACCUUCUCCGGGGAGGUCAACGUGGAGAUCGCGUGCCGGAACGCCACUCGCUACGUCGUGCUGCACGCCUCCCGUGUGGCGGUCGAGAAGGUGCAGGUGGCCGAGGACCGGGUAGCCGGGGCGGUCCCGGUGGCCGGCUUUUUCCUCUACCCGCCAACCCAGGUCUUGGUGGUGGUGCUGAAUAGGACCCUGGACGCGCAGAGGAAUUACAAUCUGAAGAUCAUCUACAACGCCUUGAUCGAGAACGAGCUCCUGGGCUUCUUCCGGAGCUCCUACGUGCUCCACGGGGAGAGAAGGUUCCUUGGUGUUACUCAGUUUUCGCCUACACAUGCCAGAAAGGCAUUUCCUUGUUUUGAUGAGCCAAUCUACAAGGCUACUUUCAAAAUCAGCAUCAAGCAUCAAGCAACCUAUUUAUCUUUAUCCAAUAUGCCGGUGGAAACUUCUGUGUUUGAGGAAGAUGGAUGGGUUACGGAUCACUUUUCACAGACCCCUCUCAUGUCCACGUAUUAUUUAGCCUGGGCAAUUUGCAACUUCACAUACAGAGAAACUACCACCAAGACUGGGGUUGUAGUACGCUUAUAUGCAAGACCUGAUGCUAUCAGAAGAGGAUCCGGGAACUAUGCUCUCCAUAUAACAAAGAGAUUAAUAGAGUUUUAUGAAGACUACUUUAAAGUGCCCUAUUCCUUGCCAAAACUAGAUCUUUUAGCUGUGCCUAAGCAUCCGUAUGCUGCUAUGGAGAACUGGGGACUAAGUAUUUUUGUGGAACAAAGAAUACUGCUGGAUCCCAGUGUGUCAUCUAUUUCUUAUUUGCUGGAUGUCACCAUGGUCAUUGUUCAUGAGAUAUGUCACCAGUGGUUUGGUGACCUCGUGACUCCUGUGUGGUGGGAAGACGUGUGGCUGAAGGAGGGAUUUGCUCACUACUUUGAGUUUGUUGGUACAGACUACCUCUACCCCGGGUGGAACAUGGAAAAACAGAGGUUUCUGACAGAUGUUCUACAUGAAGUGAUGCUGCUUGACGGCUUGGCCAGUUCCCAUCCAGUAUCACAGGAAGUGCUACGGGCAACAGAUAUUGACAGGGUGUUUGACUGGAUCGCAUAUAAAAAGGGUGCUGCUUUAAUUAGAAUGCUGGCUAAUUUUAUGGGCCAUUCAGUAUUUCAGAGGGGUUUGCAAGAUUACUUAACUAUUCAUAAGUAUGGCAAUGCAGCCAGAAAUGAUCUCUGGAAUACACUAUCAGAGGCUUUAAAAAGGAAUGGAAAGUAUGUAAAUAUACAAGAAGUAAUGGAUCAGUGGACACUCCAGAUGGGUUAUCCUGUUAUCACCAUCUUGGGAAAUACAACAGCAGAAAAUAGAAUAAUAAUUACCCAGCAACAUUUUAUUUAUGACAUCAGUGCUAAAACUAAAGCACAUGAACCUCAAAAUAACAGUUACCUGUGGCAGAUCCCAUUAACUAUUGUGGUAGGAAAUAGAAGCCAUGUGUCUUCAGAAGCAAUUAUUUGGGUGUCUAACAAAUCAGAACACCACAGAAUAACUUCUUUGGACAAAGGAAGCUGGUUACUGGGGAACAUCAAUCAAACUGGCUAUUUUAGAGUCAACUAUGAUUUAAGGAAUUGGAGAUUAUUAAUUGAUCAAUUAAUCAGGAACCAUGAGGUUCUCUCUGUCAGUAACCGAGCAGGUUUGAUCGACGAUGCCUUCAGCCUAGCCAGAGCUGGCUAUUUGCCUCAGAAUAUUCCCCUGGAGAUUAUCAGAUACCUGUCUGAGGAGAAGGAUUUUCUUCCUUGGCACGCCGCCAGCCGAGCUCUUUAUCCUCUAGAUAAAUUACUGGACCGCAUGGAGAAAUACAAUGUCUUCAAUGAAUAUAUUUUAAAGCAAGUUGCAACAACGUACAUCAAGCUUGGUUGGCCAAAAAGCAAUUUUAAUGGAUCUCUUGUUCAAGCAGCCUACCAACAUGAAGAGCUACGUAGAGAAGUUAUAAUGCUAGCAUGUAGUUUUGGCAACAAGCACUGUCACCAACAGGCAUCAACGCUUAUUUCAGAUUGGAUUUCCAGCAACAGAAACAGAAUACCACUAAACGUUAGAGACAUCGUCUACUGUACAGGAGUUUCACUACUAGAUGAGGAUGUCUGGGAGUUCAUAUGGAUGAAAUUCCACUCCACCACGGCCGUUUCUGAAAAGAAAAUAUUAUUGGAAGCCUUAACUUGCAGUGAUGACAGGAAUUUAUUAAAUAGGCUUCUAAAUCUAUCACUGAAUUCUGAGGUGGUGCUGGAUCAAGAUGCAAUUGAUGUGAUAAUCCAUGUAGCUCGAAAUCCACAUGGCCGAGACCUUGCCUGGAAAUUUUUUAGAGAUAAAUGGAAGAUAUUAAAUACCAGGUAUGGAGAAGCAUUAUUUUUGAAUUCCAAACUUAUCAGUGGAGUUACAGAAUUUCUUAAUACUGAAGGUGAACUGAAAGAGCUAAGGAACUUCAUGAAGAGCUAUGAUGGAGUAGCUGCUGCCUCUUUCUCAAGAGCCGUGGAAACUGUCGAAGCCAAUGUACGCUGGAAAAUGCUUUAUCAAGAUGAGCUUUUCCAAUGGUUAGGAAAAGCUCUGAGACACUAAUGUGUGUCUCUUAAAAACAAUUCGACUCAGAAUUUUGUGAGAAGACCUGCUUUGUGUGAAAUGAGGAAAAUGGCCAGAUUUUCAGUGUUAACGUGUGGGAGGAAAUUUUUUUUUUUAAUUUUUGGUUUUGGGGGAUUUUUUUGUUUCAUUCAUUCUGUUUUGUUUCU